UAACCAGAAUCCGUUCGUCAAAUUUGAUGAACAAGACAGAAACACAGUGAUUGCUCAAUCUAUCAAUGGCGGGAGUAGAAUUGCUGGAUAUGUUUCCUCAUCGGGACCUUGAAGAGGGAGCCACUGCCUCUUCUGAUUGGAAUCCAACUGAUGCUGUGCUGUUUUUUGGACUGAGUUUGGUACUUGGAAUUGCUUGCAGACACCUAUUGCGAGGCACUAGAGUUCCUUAUACAGUUGCCUUGCUUGUUCUUGGCAUAGUUCUUGGAUCUAUUGAAUAUGGCACACAUCAUCAAUUGGGAAAGAUAGGGGAUGGCAUACGUCUCUGGGCAAAAAUUGAUCCUGAUUUAUUACUGGCUGUUUUCCUCCCUGCUUUGCUGUUCGAGAGUUCCUUUUCAAUGGAAGUGCACCAAAUAAAGAGGUGUCUGGCCCAAAUGAUCUUAUUGGCUGGUCCAGGUGUUUUAAUUUCAACCUUCUUGCUAGGAUCUGCUUUCAAGCUCACUUUCCCGUAUAAUUGGAGUUGGAAAACAUCAUUGUUGCUCGGGGGACUUCUGAGUGCCACAGAUCCUGUGGCUGUUGUGGCUCUAUUGAAAGAGCUAGGAGCAAGUAAAAAACUGAAUACAAUAAUAGAAGGAGAAUCCUUGAUGAAUGAUGGGACAGCAAUUGUGGUUUAUCAACUUUUUUAUCAAAUGGUCCUUGGAAAGAGCUUUAACUGGGGUGCUAUAAUCAAAUAUCUCACACAAGUCUCGCUGGGAGCUUUGGGAAUUGGUCUUGCUUUUGGGAUUGCAUCUGUUUUAUGGCUCGGGUUCAUUUUCAACGACACAGUGAUAGAGAUUGCAUUAACACUAGCUGUGAGCUAUAUUGCUUACUUCACUGCUCAAGAGGGAGCUGAUGUUUCGGGUGUUCUGACAGUGAUGAGUUUAGGAAUGUUUUAUGCUGCAGUUGCAAGAACAGCUUUUAAGGGUGACGGUCAACAAAGCUUGCAUCAUUUUUGGGAAAUGGUUGCUUACAUAGCGAAUACAUUAAUUUUCAUAUUGAGUGGAGUUGUUAUCGCUGAAGGUGUUCUUGGAAGCGAAGGAAUUCUUGAUAAUGGAGCUUCAUGGGGCUACCUCAUUAUACUUUAUGUGUACGUGCAAGCUUCUCGAUUUAUGGUUGUUGGAGUAUUAUAUCCAUUUCUGCGGUAUUUUGGGUAUGGCUUGGAUUGGAAAGAAGCUACAAUACUAAUAUGGUCAGGUCUGCGUGGAGCUGUUGCUCUGUCACUUUCACUGUCAGUUAAGCGAUCAAGUGACCAAUCAUUGUACAUCAGUUCAGAAACUGGAACACUGUUUGUUUUUUUCACGGGUGGAAUUGUAUUCUUGACGCUGAUUGUAAAUGGUUCGACCACACAAUUCAUUUUACAUCUUCUCAACAUGGACAAGCUCUCAGUGGCUAAGAAACGCAUAUUGGAUUAUACAAAAUACGAGAUGAUGAACAAAGCAUUGGGCGCCUUUGGAGAUCUUGGAGAUGAUGAGGAAUUGGGACCUGCUGACUGGGCUACAGUUAAAAGACAUAUUACAAGUCUCAGUCAUGUGGAGGGGGAGCCACUGCACCCGCACAAUGCAUUUGAAAGUGAUCAAAAUGUUCGAUCUAUGAAUUUGAGAGACAUUCGUCUGCGACUUUUGAAUGGUGUUCAAGCUGCUUACUGGGGUAUGCUUGAUGAGGGAAGGAUAACACAAAGUACUGCCAAUAUCUUGAUGCAAUCUGUGGAUGAAGCCCUUGAUCAGAUUGCAUAUGAGCCCCUUUGUGAUUGGAAGGGUUUAAAGUCUAAUGUCCAUUUUCCAAACUAUUACAAGUUCCUUCAGACAAGCGUUUUCCCUCAGAAGUUGGUUACAUAUUUCACUGUGGAAAGAUUAGAGUCCGGGUGUUACAUUUGUGCUGCAUUUCUCCGUGCACAUCGAAUUGCAAGACAGCAGCUUCAUGAGUUUAUAGGUGAUAGUGAUAUUGCUUCUACUGUAAUUAAUGAAAGUGAAGCUGAGGGUGAAGAAGCACGAAAGUUUCUAGAAGAUGUUCGUGAGACAUUUCCUCAGGUUUUGCGUGUUGUCAAAACCAGACAAGUAACAUAUUCAGUGCUCAACCAUUUAAUUGAAUAUGUCCAAAAUCUGGAGAAGGUUGGCCUGUUAGAAGAGAAAGAGAUGUUGCAUCUUCAUGAUGCUGUUCAGACCGACUUGAAAAGGCUUCUACGAAAUCCUCCUUUGUUAAAGAUUCCAAAAAUGCGGAACUUAAUCAGUGCCCAUCCAUUUCUUGGGGCACUUCCUCCUUUAGUGCGUGAACCACUUGAAGUUUCAACAAAAGAAGUGAUGAAACUACGUGGUGUAACACUUUACAAGGAAGGUUCAAAGCCUAGUGGUGUUUGGCUUAUAUCCAACGGAGUGGUAAAGUGGAUAAGUAAGAGCAUGAGAAACAAGUUCUCCUUGCACCCCACAUUUACUCAUGGAAGCACUUUGGGCCUAUAUGAAUUGCUUACUGGGAAGCCAUGCUUCUGUGACAUGAUUACAGAUUCCGUUGUUCUCUCUUUUUUUAUUGAACAUGACAAGUUUCUUUCAAUACUUAGAUCAGAUCCUUCGGUUGAAGACUUCUUGUGGCAGGAAAGUUCCAUUGUUCUUGCCAAACUUUUGCUUCCACAAGUAUUUGAGAAAAUGGAAAUGAGAGAUCUGAGAGUUCUUGUUGUUGAAAGGUCAGUAAUGACUACGCAUAUAGCAGGAGAAACAAUAGAAAUUCCACCCCAUUCUAUUGGCCUUUUGUUGGAAGGAUUUAUCAAAAGUCAUGGCAUCCAAGAGGAACUUAUAGCAUCACCUGCUGUAUUGUUCUCCUCGCACAGGAAUCCGAGCUUCCAAAAUAUGGAAAACUCAGGGAUGAGUGGUUCUAGUUUUUCUCAUCAAGGCUCCCAUUAUGAAGUUGAAACAAGAUCAAGAGUGAUCGUUUUUGACAUGGGUGCCCUUCAAUCAGAAGAAAAUCUAAAUCGGUCGUCGUCUUUUAUUCAUUCUGUUGAUCACCCUCAAAGAUCUCUAAGCAGAGAUCACUCAGGUCUUAUGAGUUGGCCUGAAAUGCUUUCUAAGCCUAGACCACCACAGAAGCAGAAAUCUGAAAGAAUUGAGCGUCCAGCUGAUAGCUUGUCUGCAAAGGCCAUGCAACUAAGCAUAUACGGUAGCAUGGUUGAUUUUCGUCAGCGGACUAAGAGUUUUCCGGGCAAUAUUGCGGAACCAUCUCAUAGCCGGUCGAAUCCUGCAAUUGGUUCACAUAAAGGUGUUUCCCUUCCAUACGUAAAAUCAGAAGGAGCUGCUACAUUGAAGAAGAGGCUUGAUGCAAGAAAGUUACCAAUAAGCAAUGUUAGACCCCCACAACAAAAAGCACUUCCUAAUGAGAGAAAUGUAAGGGAUGAUUCAAGUGAGGAAUCGGGUGGUGAGGACGAUGUGAUAGUGAGAAUUGAUUCACCAAGUGUGCUUUCGUUUCACCAGGUACCAUGAAUUUCUUUGUAAAUUAGUUUUUAGUUUUCAUCACUGAAGGUGGAGGAGUUGUUUGAAGUUAUUUAUGUUUAGCGAGCAGGGUUCUUAUACUAACUACUAGACCUAUAGGAAAUGUUUCUUUGUAUGAGGUCGGUGCCU